AUGUCCGACUCAACCCCCAAAAUAACCCUCUACACCUACUUCCGCUCCUCCUGCUCAGCGCGCCUCCGCAUCGCCCUCAACCUCAAAAACAUCCCCUACACCCCCAUCCCCAUCAAUCUCCUGAAAGGCGAGCAACGCACCGCAACAAACACCACCCUCAACCCCUCCGCCACAGUCCCCACCCUCAUCGCCGAACACACUACCCCAGCCCCCAAAACAGUCACCAUCACCCAGUCCCUCCCAGCCCUGGAGUACCUCGAAGAGAUCAGCACGGCACCCUCCCUCCUCCCGCCCGCAUCUAACCCCGAACUCCGCGCCGUCGCCCGCACCCUCGCGAACAUCAUCGCCUGCGACGUCCAGCCCGUCACCAACCUGCGGAUCCUCAAGCGUGUCGAGUCCUACGGUGUCGACCGCACCGUCUGGGCUAAGGAGCUCACUGAGGAGGGGCUCCGCGCUUACGAGGCUAUCGCUGCUUCUGUUGCGGGGGAGUUCAGCGUUGGUGAUAAUAUUACUAUCGCUGAUGUGUGCUUGCUGCCUGCUGUGUGGAAUGCGCAGCGGGUGGGAGUGGACCUAGAGCCGUUUCCUGUUAUUCAGCGUGUGGCGGCGAGGUUGGAAGAGGUGGAUGCUGUGAAGAGGGGGCAUUGGAGGACGCAGGCUGACACGCCGGAGGAGUUUCGGGUUUAG